UAAAUGAAACUAUGGAGAUGGAAGAACUAUUAUUGACAAGCUUUUUCUUUUUCCUCACCUUCACUUCCCAAAAGAAAUUAGGUUUUCUGAGAGCAGAAGAGGUGAAAAUGAACAAAGGAAUUUCUUCAGAUGAUUGUCUUCCAAAGUUCUUCAAAGUGUACUUACCUGAUGAUUCCGGAGAUGAUCUGGAAAUUCCCAUUUCUUUCAACAGCUGCUUACAAAAUUCUAUGCCCAAGAACGUAAUCGUUAGAAGCAUCUAUGGAAACGUUUGGAAACUAGAGUUGAUGAAAUGUUGUGGUGAAAUUGAGAAAUUCGUUAUGGUUGAUGGAUGGAAGAGAAUCGUAAAGGACGAAGAUCUGAAGGGCGGAGAGUUCUUGGCGUUCGAGUUUGAUGGCUCUACACUCUUCAAUUUCUGUAUUUACGGCCACGCAACGUGUAAACGGCUUGGAAUUUCAACGAAAACCAAAGAGAUCGAAGAUGAUAAGUCUUGUGUUGAUAUCAUAGUUAUUGAUGAUGAUGACGAUGAUGAUGAUGAUGCUGAUGCUGAUGAUAAUGCAGAUGAUGAUGGUGAUGGAGAUGAUGAUGAUCAAGUUUCUGGCGAAGACAAACCUAGUGUAGAUAUCAUAGUUAUUGAUGAUGAUAGUUCUGAUGAUGUUAAUGAUGAUAUUAGCGGUGAUCAAGAUUCUGGUGACGAAGAUAAAUCUAGAGAAGAUAUCAUAGUUAUUGAUGAUGAUGAUGAGGAUGAUGAUGAUGAUGAUGAUGAUGAUGAUGAUGAUGAUGAUGAUUACGCUGAUGGUGAUCAAGAUGAUGAUGAUGGGAGAAGAAGUGGAGUUGAGACAGGCAGAAAUUGGUCCGCUCAUACGAGCUCAGGCCAUAAAGGACUAUGGCUUACACAUCCCUUAGUUCAUCAAUCUCAUCACCCACUAGAGAACAUUGAGGGUCACACCAAUCAGAAGAAAUCAUUCGAAAGUAUAAAAACAAGGAAUCAAGUGAAGUCUACUGAUAAUAUAACAUGCGAGGUAGACAAGGAGAAGAAUGGUCUAUGUGUUAACGCCAGAAUAUUUGUUUGCUAUCUAUACAACCUCCUGGUGUUGUUUUGUGUGUCUGCAACAUGUAAUGGUGACAAAAGUCUCUCAACAAAUUCAUAUACAUAGAAUGUUGUAUUUAUAUAAACAUGGUUCUUGACAAAGGUCGUCCUUUGUACAAUGCAAGGUUGGAUUAAUC